CACAGGAAUUCCCAACCAUGAUUCCUUCGAUAUGCGCAAUAUUAUAACAUUUAGUCAAACAACACUUGUAAUAGGAAUUACAGAUUGCGUAAGUUUCAUGCCCUUUACAAUGUCGGUCUAAUUCUUUGCCAACGCCAUUCAAGUACGUUGCGUGAUUUUUCAACAGCUGCUGCAAUUGUGCAUGUUUUAUUUUUUUCAUUAAUUCUAACCUUUCAUUACAAUUAUCACCUCAGCAGAUAUUUCACGCCGUCUAAGGAAUGACACAUCGAUACAGGGUGUAAUUAGGUAACACUCUAACGCCAAUAUUGUGUCGGCGAAUCGUCAGCAUAUUUAUUUUUUCACAGCAGGGUAUCCUCACUUUCGCUUCUUUUUUUGCCGCACACACAUCUGCUCAUUGAGGAGUCAUUCAGAAGAGAUAUCCGUAUAGAUUGUCUUCAUGUUCUUGGCAGCGAGAUCCCCCUCCUGGACGCCAGGGACGCGGGAUCCCGGGGGAUGUUUGUUGUGUAUCUGAGCCAGCUGUUUUGGUUCCAGGCGCGUGGGUGUUUCCGAGGCGGCGCUCCCCGGUGCUGCCAUCGACGCGAAGGAGCCAGCGGUAAAAUCAGUCGCGACAAAGUACUGCCAUGCCUUCCGACGUGGCUUUCAGAGCCAGGCAUCCUGGAUGCCUACCAAGAUCUAGAUCUCUAGAGCGAUUCGGGAACGUUGGAACUCUCACCAGAGUCACAUCCUACCCAAAUCUCUCAACUGUUCGUGUUGGACCUAACUACUCGUCGACUCUUCAUAAAUACCGUAGAGAUUACGAUACUUUGGAUGACUCUAACAUUGAUCGUUACACGUUCUACACUCCAUUCUACUGGCAAACCUACCGCUUUGCCGCCCGUCGCCAACUGUAUGUGGACCCGAUCCCACAUAGUUUGGGACACGAGUACGCUCCAUUCUGGUCGAGAUACAAGUGGUACACUGAUUGGCUCAACCCAACUUACUGGAGACGUUAUCGCGAUCCCAACUACGACAGACCACUCUGGAAUAGCUGGAGACCAUGGCAAUACGACACAAAGAACGUGAAGACUGCAAUUGAUUUGUACAGAAACGGAUGCAUUGAUUUCAAAACACUGGACAAAAAAUGGAUUGAGCCAACCGCAUUGGGACGUCGUGGAAAGGACUGGUCAGAUGUUUACCUGCCAGCCGCUCGCUAUGGAGCUCAUCGCUACUUCUACUCUUUCUCUUAAACGCAAAGCAGUAUGUGACACCAUUAAACGAACCCCUAUAAAUAACGACCGCUUAAAAAAAAAAACUAACUGUAACUUUUCCAUGUCUUUGUAUAACGGAUUAAAUCAUCAUUUUAUUGCUUAAAACAUAAAGUUUGAAUUUAAAAUUGAAAAAUUAAAAGUUUUCA